CACAAAAGAGCACGCCGUACAGGCAUUUCUUGAGUGUUCCUUUGUACCGUCACGCGCCUAGCCUGUCACUUCAGUCUCAGCCUUCUGUUCACGUGGUGGAAUCUUCGAGUAAAGUACAACAAUGUCUGGACGCGGUAAGGGAAAAGCAGCGGGCGCCAAAGCCGCCGGUAGCCAGCGGACCAAGUCAGCCAAGGCGGGUCUACAGUUCCCAGUCGGCCGUAUCAAGAGAUAUCUGUCCAAGGGGAAGUACGCGGAGCGGAUAGGAGCGGGCGCUCCCGUGUACCUGGCGGCCGUGCUGGAGUACCUGACCGCCGAAGUUUUGGAGCUGUCCGGUAACGCGGCCAGAGACAACAAGAAGAGCAGGAUCAUCCCCCGCCAUAUCCAGCUUGCGGUGAGAAACGACGAGGAGUUGAACCAGCUCAUGUCCGGAGUGACCAUCGCGCAAGGCGGCGUGCUCCCCAACAUCCACAACCAGCUCCUGCCCAAGAAGACCGGGAAGAAAACCGCCGGCGAGUCCCACCCGUCCUCACAAUCGCAGGAGUACUGAUGAACUGGACAGUUCCUAACGAAAUGUUGACAUUUUUGACGUCGACUCAAUAGCGGACCCUUCUAGCUUUAGAUGUGAAGUGACCAAAACUGUUGCGACGUGCAUGUAAUGUGAUGCAUAAGUAGAGGACAGUUAGCUCUCUUGCUAGAUGUACCGACACUUUUGGCGACGCCUCAAUGGCUUAGCUUUAUAGCUUUAAAUGAAACGACCAAAACUGUUCUGACGCGUUCUUGUGAUAGGGCAGGAGGAAAAUUGGUUUUAAUUUCGGCUGCUUUUCUAUUCAGUAUACUGUGCAAUAUCAUGCUUUUACUCAAAAUGAUAACCGAAAUUUCACCCGACUGAACAGAAGUGCAAUAUGUGGAAUUUAGGAAUAGAAGAUUUCAGAAAUAAUGAAGUUAGAUUUAAAAAAGCCUGUAUGUUAGUUUGUAAAUGGCGUGAAGUUUGUAUUUUGUGUAAAUGGACUGUAACUGUUUCUUAUAUUGUGAAGGCCUUGUAUGUUUGUAAAUGUGUUGACAGUUGUAUAUUUUGAAUAAAUUUUCAUUUUAA